AUGGAGGAGGAGGAUCACUUCUCUCUACUCUACUCCCAGCUCAUCUUUAUUGCACUUGCAGCUGCUCAACCAAGAGGCUUUGAAGUCAGGGGACAAGAGGAGAAGGUCUACCUGCUGAAAAAGGCUUUGUAUGGCCUCAAACAAGCUCCUAGAGCAUGGUAUAGCAGAAUUGAUGAUCAUCUACAUAAACUUGGCUUUGUUAAAAGUUUAAGUGAGGCAACAUUGUAUGUAAAAGGAGCUGAUGCAAACUUAAUUAUUGUAUCUGUUUAUGUUGAUGACUUACUUGUAACAGGAAGUAAUAAGACACAAAUUGAAGAAUUCAAGGCAGAGAUGUUUGAUGUGUUUGAGAUGACAGAUCUCGGGUUGAUGUCUUAUUUCCUUGGAAUGGAGGUUAAACAAAGUGAUGAUGGAAUCUUCAUAUGUCAACAGAAAUAUACUAAAGAGAUAUUGAAGAAAUUUCACAUGGAAAGCUGCAAGAGCACAAGCACACCUAUGAAUCUGAAGGAAAAAUUCAGCAAGAAUGAUGGAACAAACAAAGCAGAUGAAGGUCAGUACAGAAGUUUAAUUGGAUGUUUAAUGUAUCUUACAGCUACAAGAUCAGACAUUGCAUUUGCUGUGAGCUUGCUGUCACGUUUUAUGCAUUGUGCAAGUGAAUUGCAUCUUCAAGCUGCAAAAAGGAUAGUAAGAUACGUUAAAGGUACAAUAAGCUAUGGAAUAAAAUACUCUCAUCUUCAGAAUUUCAUGCUGCAUGGGUACUCUGAUAGUGACUGGGCAGGUUCUGUGGACGACAUGAAGAGCACCUCAGGCUACUGUUUUAGUUUUGGAUCAGGCAUGUUCUCUUGGUGUUCAAGGAAGCAAGAUAGUGUAGCUCAAAGCACAGCUGAAGCUGAAUAUGCAGCAGCUACUGCUGCUGUCAAUCAAGCUAUUUGGAUAAGGAAAAUUCUUGUUGAUCUGCAUAUGAAUCAACUGGAACCAACAAAGAUUUAUGUUGACAAUCAAGCUGCAAUUUCUAUUGCAAAUAAUCCUAUGUUCUAA